CAGAAAGCCGCUGUGGGUCAGCCGCAACAGGUGUAUAUGACAGUGUGUGUUCGAAAAGUCCAGCACGUGAGGUGUUCACGCUACACACGAAAUGAAAAGUGCCUGUGGGGACAAUUUCAAACGCUGAAAUUGGAGCAACACUCAUUUUUGCACAAGUUUUCAACUCCGUCAUGCAUUCAGUGGGUGUGUUUUGAAAAGUUAUCGUGCUUCCGAAAUCAAUAGUAACACUAUCUUCCUUGUCGGAGCUAAUGAAUUGGAGAAAAUGCCGCUCAGUACAGUUUGUGUAAGCACCGUGAGCAGUCGACCUCGGAUCUGGUCGUCCUAUUCAAAUAUACGUGCCAAAGAUGUGCAAGGACUCACCACUAUGAAUAGUGCUGAAGAAAUAUCGAAGUAUAAAGAAAACACCGAUAGUUAUUAUUCACCUACGCUGUCCAGACGUUUGUUGGGUUAUGGAUACGAUUUUCCAGAGAAGUCGCCCAAAAAGGAUAAGAAAUGGUCGAUAGGGAGUCUCUUCCGGCGAAAGAAAAAAGAAGAAAGCGAGAGCAGUAGCGAAGAAGACUCACAAAAGAAGGGAUUUCUCGGACGGAAGAAGAAAAAACCCGAAAAGAAAAAGAAAGCUCCAAAGACUGUAGGAACGUUCGAUCAUGUUGUACUUUCCCGAAAUUCGCAUUUGUAUUCGAAUGGUUUCAACGGAUACGAAGAACCAGCAAUUUUUUCCGAUCCUAGCGGUAGUUUUAAUGGUUAUAUUAGUAGAGCUGUCCCCAAGACUCAGGCGCAAGAUAUUACGAAAAAACCUCUUCAAAAUACGUCUUUAGAUGAUAUAAAUAACUCUCGAAAUAGUCUCGUUGUUGGUUCUGCGGAUGCCUCCAAGAGAGGUAGAAAGGGGUUAGCGAAAGUUCGAGCGGAAGCUCGAAGGAUUAACCUACGACACGAUAGUAGUUCGGAUGAAGAUUCCCAAAGGUCUGCUUCCUCGUCGAGGUUUAGGAGUGAUGAAAGUUUGGGGCAAAUACACAAAGACACGUCGUUAAGUCGUAGGUCGAGGGCCGCACGAACCGAAAGGUACUUAAAACGUCAUUCGAAAGACGGCGAGAAUCCAAAGGAUUAUCUACGACUGUCGAAAUCAGAUGCCGAGAAUUCCGCUUUGCAAUGGAAAAAUUCGGACGACAGUAACCGGUCGUUGAGUCGGAGUCCUUUGGUCCCAAAAGCAAAACCCAAAACGUCGUACUCCAGCUUAUCUCAGUCACCCAGUAUCUCAGGCUUAUCAACCAUACCCCCUAGUCAUGGAAGUCAUAAUAGAGUUAGAGUUAGUAAUUCCACAAGUAACCCAUCUUAUAAACCUCCGUUAUCAAUGAACGAGUAUAAUUACAGUACUAGAAAAGCCCCCAAUGAUUCUCUCGAUAAUCAACGUAGUUUGUCUUGCGAUGCCAAUAUACAUAAAUCUGUAUCCACGGAAAUAGACCCGGAAAUAAUCCACGUUCAGUUUCCGCUAGGAAAACCAAAUAAUAGAUAUCGGAAUUUGAGCUUAAUCGACUCUCGUCACUUCAAUUCUACUCAUGCGAGGCAACCGCCGCCGCCGCCACCACGCGAUCCCAGAAGACUAGUUACCGCCCAAUAUUACGAAAACGUGAGACCCAACACCUACUACUUGGACGGUCAGCUGAAAUCAAAAUCCCUGCACGCAACUUCGCAGAACAACACACCUCAGCAAAUAAAGAAGUUCAGUUCGUUCAGCUUGACCCCGAGCUGUAGAUCUACUUCAGAAGACCACCUUCCGAAAAACAACAUCCAAUUAAUUCCCAGACCGUCAUCUGCAACGCCUGACGCAACAGCUUCCCAGAGAUACGCGCAACGAUACCCGGAAUUAAAACCAGCCUCGGAGAAUUAUAAUUAUCUGACUGACAAAAAACCGAGAAGUCGGAAACCUAUAUUUAUUCAGACGAACAAUAAAGUCGACGUGGAUAAAACCGGACCGCAGAAGGUUUUAGACUUUUGGAAACAAAAAGACAAAGAAGGGGGCAGUAGUUUUCAGGAGAAGUUAAAAACUAAGGCGAAUUCGAAAAGUCCACAGAUGUUUACUUGCCAGACUCACGUACAAACUAAAGUCUUCCUGCCGAGUGUUCUUCCGAAUGAUAUUAACUCCGAACAUUUAGCCAAUUCUACGGAUCGUUUAGCUACUAACGAAAAUUUAGGGACGAAUAGCCCGUUUACGCCGAUUUCGCCUAGCGAAAAGACGCCGCUAGUUGGCGCUAGUAGUUUCAGUAACAGUAGGGACGACGAAAACGACGACUUAAGGCGUAAGUCUUCUAAUUUGGAGGAAGCGCUUGACGAGUUGGAGGCAAUUUAUAACAGUUUGCGACUAGGGGACGAAGAUCUGUUGGAGCGUGCCGAACAAAGAGAGAAGGAUGCAGCGGCGAAAAAACUGAAAGAACAGAAAAGGGAGUUGUACCCGAAUUGGAGUAUGUCUAGAGGGGCUUUAAGUGAUUCGAGCUUCAGCUACGAACCUUUCGAUUCUGUGGAUUCGCCACGGCGCAAGCGCUUGAUUAAGAAGAGUCAAACGAUUGACAGGAGGGGUGAUGACAUGGCUUUCAGAAAGUUAAAUAAAGAAAGAGCGGCGACAAUUAAUGAUCCGCAAUCCGUACUAUCCAAGGUUUGUUACUUGAAUGCGUCCCCUGUAUAUGGUAAAGAUAUACCAAUUGAAAAUGAAGUGCCAAAUAAGAAUUGUAGGGAACCGGACAUCACUCUUGACGAUGUCGUUUACAGAAAUGUUAAAUUUGCCAAUAGUAGUCCGAAAGUUAUGGAACCGCAGCCACCUUUCGGUAUUCCCAUAGGGCCGAUAACGCCGGCCCCUAAUAGCGACUAUUUACACGCAGUCCCAGAUAACCUCCAUCGUCCCACUUUUAAACCACGCAGGAUUCCCGACUUAGUGAAAGACGAUUUGGCUUUCCGCAAUUUGAGGAAAGAUCAAAACAAAGAGCCGGCACUUCCACAGUUGUCGCCUGAGGAUCUAAAGAACAACAAUUCGUGUGAAUCGAAGUUGGAUUUGCAUUCGUUGAAGAAGAAACGUGCCGUUAGAUCGUUGUCUGCGAACAUUGGCAGUCUAAUCAAUAGGGACAUCUUAGCUAAGGGGUUAGAGAAAUAUAAAUACAAUAACAACAGUGAGAAUAACGAGUCGAAGACACUAACUGAUAUCGCCGAUGCCAUGGAAAUCGCCAGACAAGUUCUCAAGGAGAAAGAAAAUAAAAUUAACGCUACGAAAAGAGCGUUUCUAAGCGAUACCGAUACGAAUAACGGGAAUGACAGUAUAGCAGAGAGUCGCAUGAAUUUCUUGAACAGUCUGAAGACGCCCAGUGAAAAUUCGAAGGUGGCGCCGGCCGGAGAUAACUAUUUGCAAACGAAACCCCCCAGGGGUCUAACACCGGAUCGAAGAUCUCCAAGGUCACAGAAAGAAUCGACUCCAAUUCCUGUCUCUCCGCUCGAAGACAAACCAUCGCGGAGAAACGAUUCUAGAGAUUCGUCUCUGGAUGAGUUACUCACAGCUCUGGCUACCGAAGCCAGGGAAACAAACGAACGCAUCUCUAACGAGUUGACUUUCUGUGAAGACAGUCAAAGAAAGAGUCCGACGCCGAUCGACGAAAACUUGAAUAAGUACGAAUUGACGAAGACUUUAUCUGACAUCGACGCGGUAUCAGAGCAGGCGAAGUUAUGCGAGAAACUUCUAGAGGGGGUUGUAGAUAGCACCGAUUUAAUGACUUCAACUAAACCUCCUACCGAAGAAGUGGAACAGAUAGACGUUAAGCCUGUUCUGGUUGAAUCCGUAGCUAACAUUGUUUUGACACGCGACGACUCGAAAGUGGAGAAGAUAGUGGAUAAAAAUCCGUGCGAGUCGGAUCAUGAUUAUGAAAAUUUACUAUCAGAUCAGGAACUCAGUUUGGAAGUCGACGACGAAGAAAUUAAGUGCACGUCACCGUUUGAAGAACACAAAGCCGAGUUGAUAGCGACUUUCCAGGAGUUAAAGAAGAACGUCGAUAUCGACAUCCCGUCAAGUCCGGCCACUGAAUCUAAGGAAAUCGAUAACAAAGACGAACAGCUUCUUGAUAGCGGCAAAAGUGAAAAAGAAAGCGAUGAGACGGUUACAGGUAAACAUUCGCCAAGACGCUCACGUUCUCGCUUACCUCGAUGGCUACGACCUCAUUCCUCUGGAAAUUUAUCGGAUCCAACAACCAUGUCUGAGGGUCAGGAAAGCAGGGCCGAACGCAUUGCCCGCUACAAGGAACAACGCAGGAGGGAACUCGCAGCCCAAUUCAACCUCCACAACGAUCCAGCGGUCAGCCCCAGGCGGAAUAGCAAAGAUACCAACUCCAGCAGCUCCGAGGGACCCCGAACCACGAGAACGUCACGCCUAAGGGCCGCCGCCACCGCUCAAGAAAAUUGCUCUAGUCCCCCAGCUACGAAAUUGAAUUUUACAGAGAAACUUCCUGCAUCACCAACUACCAGUUAUGAAGCAAGCAUCAACGGAAAUCGACGUAUCGAACGUGACAAAAGCAGCAAACGAAAAUCUAAUCUAAAUCGUGCUCUAAAUUCGGAAGAAGUCCCCAGUUCGGAUCCUGAUGACGUAAAAAAUCGCCGCAGGCGGAGGCGUUUUUUCCCUCAAGACGUAUUAGAUCAGAGUGCGAGAGACAACAGUUCGAACGAUGAUAAAUCUAAAAGUGAUACAAAUCUCACUGCCUCUUUCUUAUCUCAAUCUUCUACAUCACCCAUCACUGCCUCACCUACACCCACCCCGAGGAUAACGCCUCGGAAAUCUGAGCUUAGCGUGCACAUGGAGAACGCGCGCAGAGGGGUGACACCUUCUUACUCCGAAAUGGGCAAAACCAAGCCAUCAAUCAAACGUCGAGUAACACCACCCAUUUCCAGAGACAAAUCCAAAUCGUCGAACAACUCGGACGUCGACGCGUCGGACAAGGACAGCAGUGGCAGAACCCGAAAACAAAUUAACGGCGAACAUAAAACAAUUAACUUAAAGAUCUUUGAACAAGAUACCGCGAAAAACAAAAGCAUCAGUAAGAAAAUGGAAGAGUUAACGGCUUUAACUAGAGAGACUCUCGCCAGAGUCGAACGACUCGCCAGUAAGAAUAAAGAAUCGCCUGCUAAACAAAUUAAAAGACCACUCAGCAGCAGUCCCAUUAAACAACUAGACUCGCCUAGAAGUAACCGAAACUUAAACCAACCGUUUUCUAUUUUAAAGAAAAAAAUCUUAGAGGAACCCGUGAUCGUCGAAACCGUGCCAAACACCGCCCCAGUAUCAAUCCUAAAACGCAAAAUAUCGCAAGAUGACCACAAGUCUGAAGGAGCGUCGUCCUCGACGCACACACCCCCGGUGACCUUUUCCCCGAGCGUGGUCGAGCCGGCCACCACCAAUCGGAAACAAGGAAUCCUCAAGAAGCGCCGAAGCUUAGACGAAUCCCAAGUGAUGCGGCAUAGAUCGUGCAGUCCAGACGUCGCCAACAAAAUCUCCGACUCACGCUCAAUCCUCAAGAACCAGCGCAGGUCUUCCUUGGAAGAGUUAACCCGGACGCAGUCCCCCGAACCGCACCUCCACGGAAUCCUCAAACGCAAAACGUCCCGAACCGAGGAAGACGAUCUCUCCCUUAGUUCGCCUCAGAGUAUUUUGAAACGACGAUCCGGAGCGAGUAGUGCCGGUUCCACCAAUAGCACUCCCCACGUCUCUAUUACUACAGCUGUGAUUUUGGCGGCGGCCGGUGGGGCCGAGAUGGUGCUGGAGCCCGAGACCGUCAAACCCAUCCUUAAGAAGAAGAGUUUCUCCGAGGAACACUCCUACAGCGAGAGUUCCUACUCAGAAACCCCUAAACCGAUUCUGAAGAAGAAGUCGAGCACGGAUACGGAUGACUGUGAAGAUAGACCGAAGAAGCCAAUUUUGAAGAUCUCGAGGAACUCGCUUGAUCGCGAUAGUGUCGAGUCGGCAGUCGAAAGUAGAUCGUUUUCGAAUUUCAAACAUAACAUUCCCAAUGAUAAUGAGUGCGAUGUUAAGCCGAUACUCAAACAAAAUGGCUGUAAGGAGGAGGGGACGAGACCUAGAUUGUCGUUUUGUGGUGAUCGGGAUGAUAUUAAUGACGAAGCUGUGAUUAGACACAGGAGCUCGAGGAGGUCGCAUACGAUCUGUGCCGAGUUUAACGUUAAGUCUGAUUUGCAUACCAAGGAGGAGGAUAGGCAGCUUAAGAAGCCUAGGCCUCUGUCCGUUUCCGAGCUUGUGAUGAAUUUUGAAACUACCACUUCCACGGGGGCUAUUCCCAAGAAGUCGAACUUGAAGAGGAGCGGUGAUCGGUAUCGGACUCAGCCUGUCACUUCCAAUGAGCUUGAAGCGAGUUUGAACUUAGUGAGGAGCCCACCGCUAGAACAUAUUCCUAAGCUUCCGAAGUCGAGUCCUCUUGGUUCUCCGAUCGCCAACCACAGCAUUAAUUCUCUCUUGGAUUUCACGUCUUCGCUAGAAAAUGAUAGCAAUCUAAAUAGUUUUUUGUCGUCGCUGCAUAAUAUCAGUCCGGAUAGUGGUGUCUGCGGUAAGAUGUCUUCCGAUUCGGCUUUUCAGUCUCUUGGAGACGGACUCGAACUGGAUCAAGAGGAUGAUAAACCACUGGAAGUUCCGACUAAGUCCGGUAAAUUAGAAACCAACAGACUGGAAUUACAAAUGAAAGCGAUUGCCGAAGAGGCGCAAAAGAUGAAACUAGGGAAAGGGAGUACAGGCGUCCAGAAGUACCGAAGCCGGAAGUCGACCGCUGAAAGGUCGUCGUCUAGUCGAUUUUCAACCCAACCGGUCACUUUCGACGAAGUGCAAGAAGCAUCGAGAAUUAAUAAAAACUCAGACGAUUCGGAAGGCAAAGACGAGGCCGAUCCUUCUAAACUAAGCUUGUUCGAAAGGAUCAACCUAUUUAAUGUCAAGGUGAAGGAGAAUAGUCCACAAAAGCGAGAUGUUCCUAGGCGUCGCCUUAAUCGAUUUCAGACUCAGCCUGUUACCUCAGACGAAGUCGAGACUGCACGCUGCAUACCCCCCACCACAAGUGCUUUAGAUGACGAGAGAUCUGGUUCGAGGACCCCAACCGAGCGACGAGGAAUCCUCAAGUCUUCCUUUAGCAAUUCCCGCUCUCGCGGAGACUCCCCUUCGCCGCAUCCGCGAUCGGUUCUCAAAAAACGCGAUUCGUUCGACGGCACCUCGGACUACGACAGUUCGAAUCGUCGCUCGAUUUUGAAAACCGAUAUCGCCGAUGUCACGUACGACGAAGGAAUUUCCUGCAACGACUCCGCGUCGGAUUCGGAGAGCGCGAGUGUUCCUUCUUAUUCCUUCAAGAGUCCCGAAAUUAAAGUGGAGCGUUCGACGCCGAUACGACAGCUGAACAAGUUUGCUAAGUCCAGCAGCGAAACGUCGGACGGGGAUUCGUCGGGCGGACGGGAGAUCAGGAGCAUCUUCAAGAAUGAGAGCAAGUUAAAGGUCAAACAAAGACUGGAAAGUGUUUUGUCCAAAAGCAAAAGUCAGAGCACCUUCGGGGAUGAAAGCGAGUCGACAAAUCGUAAAGGAACUUCGAUUAGAAGAUCUCAGACCCAAUCAGCCAUGCCUCGGGCAAUUGAAGAAAUCCAGGCGAAGCUGCAGCAGAGCGGCGAGUCCGGUUGGCGGAAGAGAGUACAGCAAAACAACAAUUCCAACGAUGAAUUGAGGCUCUUGAAUAUGAAUCGGUACAAUGAUGAGUUGUCGGAGAAGUCGAUUUUGGAGAUCAAAAAGGACGAACUCGAUGCAGCAUCGAAGCAAUGGAAAAGUCGGGUGGAAAAGUCGGAUGCGGAAAAAUUUUCGGUGGCUGGGAGAAUGGAGAAGAACAGGGAAGAAUCGAAUUUGCCGAUAAAUAUUCCGACGGAGGAGCACAAACGGACGCCGCAAGCUAAAAGAUUUAAGGGAAAAGAAGGAAGCGACAGUUCAUCCACUCCAGUAUCUCCGGAUAAAAACAGACACAUAGAAUUGACAAGGAGUUACUCCGUUCCAGAUCCGGAUCCCGACUCAUCUGGCUCGGACACUUCUUUGAGAGCCUCAGGUAGAAAAGUAUCUGUUUCUAGACCAGAUGAUUACACCUUUACGAGCUUCUACAAAAGCGUCGAGAGCAAAGUAGCGACAGAACAAAUCGACGUGUCUCUCGACGACUUCGAUUCUGUCACCCGACAAUCUCUCUUGGUACAAAAGAAAAACGUACAAGUACAAAGAAGGCGAGGAGCUUCCAGAAAUCCCAUCAAAGCAUUAGCUUCGAGGAUCGACAUCUCGGACGAAUAUACCGAAGUAAUCACAGGCGUAGCCGAGAGAGAAAAGAAAAGACUGAACAUAGAAAAACUUGCCAAGAGCUCCUCCAUGGCCCACGCGGCUCUGGCUGGCUUGGUGAGUAACGAGGACUUUAAGGCAGUGGCUUUAAAAAAAUCGACUUAUUCUGGCACACUCAAUCCGUACAAAGAAGUCAUGCUGUUGCAAGUCAAAGGUCGACAACAUGUGCAAACAAGAUUGGUUGAACCUGUCGCGAGCAGCAUCAAUGAAGGGGAUAAUUACAUCCUGGUCACUCCCACCACUUUGUAUAAUUAUGUAGGGAAAUACUCGAACGUUAUCGAGCAAUCGAGAGCUUCUGACAUCAUUAAUCAUAUCCAGCAGACCGGCGAUUUGGGGUGUAAAGAAGUCGAACUUGUCACAUUGAAUGUGGAGAACAGUUCGGUGAUGACCAGACAAGUCCGGAGGUUCUGGAAGACCAUCGGAUGCGACGAAAAACAAGUUUUUACGAGUGGAGGAAACCCCGAAGAAGACGGAAUUUACGAAGCGAAUGUACUUUCCACGAACAUGAUUUACAAACUGGAAGGGACUGAAUUGGUCCCUAUGGAUGAGUAUUGGGGGAAGAUACCCAAAGUCGACAUGUUGGAACAAACUAAAGUAAUCGUGUUCGAUUUCGGCUCGGAAAUGUACGUUUGGAGUGGCAAAAACGCCCCAAUCGAGAAGAAAAAGUUAGCUUUUAGAUUAGCUAAGGAAAUGUGGGAGCUGGGAUAUGAUUAUUCCGACUGUAACAUUUGCCCGUUAAACAUCGCUUCCAUUCUCGGAAAUCGCCCUUCCAAAACCGUUUCCAAGAAGGGGUCCAGCCGGCCCAGCUGGGCCCUUUUCGCGAAGAUAACCCAACAUCGAGAAACAAUCUUAUUUAAAGAGAAAUUUUUAGACUGGCCCGAUUUUGCGCGAAUAAUCAAAGUCAAAGGUGAUCAAAAUGGAAAGACCGUCGAUCCUUCCUAUAACAUAAAACCCUGUGAUGUCGCCGAGAUGCUUAAACGGAGCAAUACCAAGCCAGAUUUGGUGGUAGAGAAUCUCCAUUUAGGCAGAGGCGAUGAGUAUUUCGACGAAGAAACGAAAAGACUGUACGAAUUUGAAACUUUAAAAAUAUCCGUUUGGAGAAUCCUUGAGAACCAUCCAGAGCAACUCGACGAUGACUCCAUUGGACAUUUCUACAAUAGUGAUAGUUAUAUUAUUAAAUGGAACUACAGGACGACCGUAAAAGGUAGAGAACUGAGCGGGAAACCCUCGAAACAUCUACAAGCGGGACGUGACAGAUGCAUUUACUUUUGCUGGCAAGGAUCAAAUGCAUCCAUCAACGAAAAAGGUUCCGCUGCACUCUUAACAGUCGAAUUAGACCACGAGAAGGCGCCUCAAGUUCGCGUAGUUCAAUGUUUAGAACCGGCAGUAUUCUUGAAAAUGUUUCGUGGUGGCAUGGUCGUGCACGAUGGUAAAAGAGACGAUUCGGACAAUCAGGGUAAAGCAAGACUUUUUAUAAUGAGAGGCGAAAAGGAAGAUGAAAUUUGUCUGAUUGAAGUACCCUGUGAGGUGAAACAACUGAGGAGUAGGACUUCCUUUUUGCUUGUUGAAGCUGACUCAGCGGAAAUUACAGUUUGGCAUGGUGCAAAAUCUAGUGUUCAGAUUAGAGAUGCAGCUAAAUUGGCGGCGAAUAGGAUUGCGGAGAAGAAGGCCGCAGAGUUUUACUGGGGUGAUGCUGACGAUAUUGAUGUUGUUGAGGUAGAUGAAGGCGAAGAGAGCGAGAUGUUUUUAGAUGUUAUUGGAAAAAAUUGUAAUGAGUAUUUGUCGUUGUUGAGUAGUGAUUUAGAGUAUGAUUGUACGAUGAGACUGUUUCAUCUCAGUAGUAUUUCGAGAACGUUUCAAGCAACGGAAGUUUUGUGUCCACAUAGGAGUGAAUAUUCUAGUCCAUAUCCGUUUCUGCAAACAGAACUUUACUCAGCUAGUCAACCUGCGUUAUUUUUAAUCGAUAACCAUCACGAACUAUGGCUGUGGCAAGGUUGGUGGCCGGAAAGGGAAGAAGAAGAAGUAGAACUGAGCGACCAAACUGGGUCGGGGGCAGUUCGGUGGCAGGCGGAAAGGAAAGCUGCGAUGCAGACUGCUGUUAAUUAUUGGCAGAAGACUCACAGCGGAGACGAAUCGGUGCCCGCUUUCUUGGUUUGGGCAGGUCUUGAGCCGUUAGAAUUUAAAAAUCUUUUUCCAUUUUGGAUCGAUAGAGAGGACGUGGCGGAGCUGAACUUGAAAGAAGGAAAAAAAGAGGGUGCGAAGUUGCUGGUCGAGAAUGAGUUAGCGCUCCUUUCAAGAACCACGUAUCCGCUGGCCGAACUGCUGCAGAGACCGCUGCCCGAAGGGGUGGAUCCGACUCAUCUGGAAAUCUACCUGUCGGCGGACGAUUUCCAAGAAUUGCUGCAUAUGACUAAAGAGGAGUUCCAGAAGUUGCCCAUGUGGAAGCAGACGUCUUUGAAGAAGGAGAAAGGACUUUUUUGACCUAUGCUUACGUUGUUGUUAGACAAAUUGGAUUAUUUAUUUGGUGGAUGCUUCAACACUCUGGCAUCCAUUGAUUUUAUUUGAGAACUUACCAGGUUUUGUCACAGUUUCCGAGAUUUUAUUCUACGUUUUGACAUAUCAAAAUUGCCCGUUUGAUUUUUACUCACUCUGAAACAAAAUUCUGAUUGCCUUUUGGAACAGUGUAAACUAUAUUUUUAUAACUAGUAGCUUUCAUACAACAUUGUUUAAAAUUAGAGGAACUUCAUGUAAUAAAAACUGCCAAUUGUUAUUUUAUCAGUACUUAAGUAUUUUAUUUUAAUGUUUUAAAUGACAAUUUUAAGUCAAAUUUAUAGUGUCUGUGAUUAGGCUUUUGUAUUUAUAUCGAUAAAUCGUAAUAUAUGCUGUUAUUGUAAAAUGUAUAUAACAUGAAGAGGUGCCUUGUUAUCAACGGAAUUGAAAGCACUCCUCCAUUGGUGAGUUGCCAACAUUUUCUAGUCUUUGUGAUCUUUCAUGGCACUGCGUUAUUUUUUAUUUCUGUGUUUUUUCAAUUUUUUAUUCAAAUACCUACUAAAUAAUUUUAAGUACCGCCUUACUAAUGUUUCGUUCACUUGCCUAUAAGGCGAUGUACAUUGUUUCCUAAACGCUGUGUACAUUAUAACUGGCUUUUGUACUAAAAUCGUUGUGGACGUUCUGUGUUUUGUAUAUAACUUUUCAAUUACUUAAUAAAUAUUUUCAUUAAAUUCA